AUGUAUACCGAUAUCUACAUUGGUUUGGGCUCGGUCGAAGCCGGGUGGGGCACGUCUCUCCCUCACUACACCGAGACAUCGUUCCUCCUCCCAAGCAUCCCUUCAUCCAUCCCCUGUUUGCCAUUGCCUGAGUUCCGUCCUGGAUUCGGCCCAGUGUGGAUCCAAUCCAGUCCCCCCCAAAAACCGGUUGCCUCGCCCUUGUCCAGACCCCCCCCGACGGAACCGGAGCAGUCGAUUCCCGUCACGGCGAAUGCGGAACACACGGAAACACGGUCGUUCCAAGCUCCCGUCUCGCCCCCGUCGCCACCUAGUGUCGACGCCAUGGCCCACCUAUUGGCCGUUACCAUGGACAGUGACGAUGACGACAACGACGACAAUAACGACCGCGGGUACAAUCACCACUACUACCGAGUGGACGAACAUUCGUACCAAGCGCAUUCCCGUGUGACGUCGUCCGGGGACUGGCGCCAGAACCUUGCCGGUACGGACGAUUGGUCGGGAACCACCGACAGUCGUGACGGUGCCGAUGCCAUUCUGCAACGGGUCGAAGCUACACUCGCUGCCGCCCGUUUGGCGCAAGACAAGCGUAGAUCCAAUCCCGACCUUGUCAUACCGGACGAAGAGCCUUCGGGAACCGCUGCGGCAUCCGAUUCGCCCAGUUGGGCGCCUCACAAUGAUUGUUCACCCCCUGAUGUACCGGACGAGAACGACUUGAGGCUUCUACUCAAUAUUUCUUACGACAACAGUUGUUCCGGAUCAUACGACUCGGACGACAGUAACAGUGUCGUACAGAAGGCACACCAGCGUCCGUCACGACCCCUUAACGACCCCGACAGCCCUUGCACCCGGGUCCGGACUAUCCUCCACACCCCGACAACACGUCCGGAAUCGCUUUUGGCCACACGCAAUCCCAAAUUAAUAUCCCGGAGUCAAGAUAACGCACUCACAAUACCCCCCACUCAAACUGGAUUGGGAAGCGAAAAGGACUCCAACACGCCCCCCAAAACCACUCGACGAGACCAACCACCCUCCAACGAGAGAAUUUCGUCGCCGUGCAACCAUGGAGAUGAGACGAGACCGCAAUCCCCAGAUUUACCAUCCUUGACGCAAAUGUCGUUGUCCGAGAGUUGUCGACGCGAGAAUCAGAUAAUCGGGACUCCCAUGCGACAAUUACCCCUCGCUCCGGUCGAUACGACACCGUUGGUACCUUCCAUCGUGCACGCCCCCAAUCGAAAACCAUACACAACUCCGUCGGACAAGCCUGUAUCGACACCAGUCUCCUCGCCAAACUCUCAAUCGCGUCGGGUCCGAUUUCGGAAUCCAUUUCCCGUUCUCAAACCGGCUCAAGAAGACUACGACCCGAAUACACUUAGUCUCAAGCAUUCCGUCCCCGUACCCGACAUCCCCACACAGUGGCUAAAGCCCAAGUCUCAUCUCAAACAGCUCAUUGUGGCCGCUAUGGGCCAGUCCCUGCCCCGCCGGAGUAACGCCUGUGGUGCCCUCAAAGUUCUACUCCAUAACAAUCCCCAGAAUCAGAUAUCCCUGGCACGGACCGACAGUUUUUUGUCGGCCCUGGUUUUUGCAGCCUCCCAACCUGUUCGAGCGGAAGAUCGUGACUUGGCCAUGGAUGCCCGACGCCGGGCGACCGCUUGUUUGUACAGUGUCUGUGAGCGCAAGGAAAACCGCGUCAUCGCAUUGACCUAUCCUGGCUUGCUGGAAUGCCUCGUUACGGUGGCGGAAGAGGAUCGGACCGAAGCUCGGACGGCAGCCUGUGGAGCGUUGGCCCUGUUAACCAAAUCGAAUUUUGGUAGGGAACCAAUGGUGGAAACACCCAAGUUGAUCGACUUGUUGGCAGACUUGCUGGGGGAAAAUGGGGUAAUCGUCGAGGCACCGAACCAAGCGGUUUCCGUCGAGGCUCCCGAAAGUCGAUUGGAGCAGUUGUCGAGAGCGGACGAAAAAGACGAUAUCGUCCAAGGACUUUGCAAGUCGGAUCAUCAUCAGGAAGAAGCGAAUUUAUCGGAAUCGGAGUCUAACCGAGAGGACGAAUCUACCGAGGCUUCCGAAAAAUCCGAAACGUCUGGAUCGGAGAUCACUCGUUCAAGUUCCGAAAGUAGCCAAUGCACUGAUACCGGAGCUGCCGAGGAUGUAAAACUCGACGCGAGCCGAUGUGAUCGAGAUCCUCUCUCACUUGCAUCGGGCGUUGACCAACAUGGAGCUGCAGCCGUCAGCCGAGCAAUUGACCUUCCAGAGGUGGACUCGAUCCGUCACAUCCACGAAGAAGCCAAUGACGAUUUUUCCCGGCGCACCCGCAUGAACGCCUGUGCGGUACUACUGCAUCUUUCCAAGAGUUGUCCAGUGUCGUCCCGUCUCGUGCUCACCCAUGUCCGUCCAAAUCUCAUAGAUCGUCUUGAGCUCAAAGCCAAAGUUACUGGAGAGCCUACGUUCGGUGUCGAAUGA